AUGGAAGUAAAUACAGAAAGACCAAAGGAAAUGAACUUUUUCUUUGCAUUCAUUAAGACUAUAAAGGCUUUUCUUUUAAUAUUCCUUAUAUAUAUUGGGAGUAACUUGCACUCCAAGUAUGUCAAUUUUUUAUUUGAAAAUGACAGAAAUUUCUUAUACCUCUCUGACUUGGAGCGAGAAAUGUCCUUCCGCACAGAAAUGGGAUUCUAUUACUCAUACUAUAAGACAAUUGUGGAGGAGAAACCAUUUGUUGCUGGCAUUUCUAAGUUGAUGUAUGAUCGAAUUGUCGAGUAUCCCAAAGAAGUAAAUGCCUUUAAUAGAUUUAAUAUACACCCAGAGGUCCUAGUAGGAGCUCUAUACCGUUAUUUAGCGCCAUGGCUCAAUACCACCACAUAUCGCCAGUGCCACAUCAUAGACCGUGGAGAAGGCCACGAUCCAGUGGAAAGCUGUGUUGGUUUGGGACACCCAAUUUUCUUUUAUUUGGAGGCUGUGUGGAUCUUUGCUGGAAUUAAUGUUGCAGCAUUGUUUUUGCAUGCUAUGGAAUUAAGUGAAAGCUACCUUGGUGGUAGUCUAGCUGUUCUACAAUACUUUGCCAAUCAUGCUGAAUGUACACGGGUCCAAUGGGCACCCAAUGAGAGGGAGAACUUUGCUGGGCCCUUAUUGUUAUUACAGACUUAUUUGCUGAGCAUACAAAUACAUGACAAACGGAAUACGGUACAGCUACAGAUUGGAAUCUUACUACUCAAUUGCCUAUGUCUCCUAUUUUGGCAAUUCACACAAUUCAUAUUUCUUACCCAAAUUGCCAUAUUCUUUUUGAUGGAACAGUUGAGGGUUAUAGAAACACGGCAACUUUCUAUUUUACUACACUCCCACUAUUGUGGCUUACAUAUGGCAAUACUUUUACUACAAGGGAAUGAAAUGUUAAAAUCAUCGUUAUAUGCUUGUCUUUUUCUAGUAGUUUCUACGUAUUGUCUAUUCUUUAGUGGCCUUCGUAUAAAGGUCAAAAAUAGAUUUGACUUUUUGAUUGAGUCCUGGCUAGUUAUACUUAGAGUAUCUAUUGUUAUCUGUGGUUCGAUAUAUUUGAAAAAAAUAAUUAGCGACUUCCUAGAAGUGGAAGAGGACACGCAUGUCUGGGAGAUUCUAUUUUCAAAAUUCACAGAUUAUAAAACAUUCCAUACAAUGAUGUAUACUUGUUCCGAAGUAUUUGACUUCCUACCGUUGAGUUCUAUUAUAAAUAUGACUAAAACCUUUUUAAUUCCAUAUGUGUUAUUUGGAGUAAUAAACGCGGUAUACUUUUGGAUUAAUAAGAGUAAGACAGAAAAUGUUGUAAAGGGGAUAGAAGAGGAUAGACUGAUCGAUGACGAGGACAGCGGAAUUGAGAAUAAUGAAGCGAAUAUUCGAAAAGAGGACACAGAUUUGGAUGUUUUAGAUAAGGAAAAAGAUAAUACAGAAAAGGAUAAUUUAAUACAAUUUCUCUCUGGUUUGUCUAUGGACGCUGCGGUAUUCUAUAAUAUAUCGCAGAUGGUUGUCUAUGGUGUUAUGGCAGCGUUAGUGAUGCGACUCAAGCUGCUAUUUACGACGCAAAUGUGCUUGAUGUCUUCUUUGGUGUUCAAGAAAAAGUAUUAUAUAUACCCACAUUCCGUUAUGAAGUAUUUAGUAAUAAUAUUGAUUGUGGGUAUUAUUCCUAUGCUGAGCAGUCUAGUCAACAAUGUCAGUAAGGAGAUGUCUCACGUAGGUGAAUUUAGUGAUUACAACCAAGAGGAACUUCUGCUGUGGUUAAGGCAGCAAGGUCCCGGGGCGGUAGCAGGUUCGAUGCCUCUCCUCGCCACGAUAAUGCUCACCACAAAAAGGCCUAUAGUUGCGCAUCCACACUACGAACAUUUGGAAGCGAGACAGCGUGCGUACACAGUAUACAAGAUGUACGGCCGAUUUUCACCGCACGAGCUCUACCAGGAGUUGAGCAAACUUCGCGUCACUUAUCUCGUCGUUGAGACCAAGUACUGUUACGGGAGGAGUAGCAAAGGCUGCUCCCUAACCGAGAUAUGGGAUCUGGAGUCUCCGAAAAACCGCGAAUCGCCGCCCCUUUGCGACACGCUUCUAACAACGACGGUAGACCAUUUCUACCCGCUUUUUCGUAAUGCGCACUACGCUGUGUUUAGGAUACAUGACCUAAGUGUGAGGUAUAUGCCAAGGAGUUUUGACACUUGA